GCCUUGAACUCAAGAUCCUCCUGCCUCAGCCUAUCAGAUGCUUGGAUUACAGGCAUGUGCCUCCACGUCCAGCUUAGACUCCCCUUCUUAAGGGGCCCUGUUCUGUGCUCCUCCUUUCAGCACACUCAGGGUACACAUUCUCUCUGCCUGUUGUCUCUGUGGUUCCAUUCAGACCCCUCAGGGUCCACUUAAGUUUCCCCAUGGCCUCCAGGUGAUAGAAUUACGGAACUCCGUUCUGCAGCCAGCAGGACCUUGGAUGCCCAGUCCCACUUGCAUUGCCCAGAGGAGGCUGAGGCAGAGAGGGUCAGGGACUUGCAGGAGGACUCACAGUCCGGAACGGUCACCAGCCCUGCCCCAGCCUGUGCCCUUUUCCCAUUGCACACCUGGAUAUUCCUGGCAUGGGAGGGCCCUGGCCCGGCUGCUUUCCUCCCCUGCUCCCACGCUGCCUGCUCGGGUCAGAGCUCGGGUCUCUCAGUCUCUCAUCACUGCAGAUUUCCUCCUACCUGUGCAUCUCGCAGAAGGGUGGGGCGCGAGGAGAGGGUGGCUCAGUCCCAGCCCUGCCCAGGGCAGUGCUAAUCCCCGUCCCCCACAGAACGUGACCAGCAGCUCCUCUGCCAAGUUCAAGGCGGCGCUGACCUGGAUCCUGAGCAGCAACAAGGACGUGGGCAUCUGGUUGAAAGGGGAAGACCCGUCCGAGCUGGUGACAUCCGUGGACAAGGUGGUCUGCCUGGAGUCCUUGCGGCCCCGCAUGGGCGUCGGCUGCCGGCUGAGCCGCGCCCUGCUCACCGCAGUCACCCACGUGCUCAUCUUCUUCUGGUGCCUGGCCUUCCUCUGGGGGCUCCUGAUCCUCCUGAAGUACCGAUGGCGGAAGCUGGAGGAGGAGGAGCAGGCCAUGUACGAGAUGGUGAAGAAGAUCAUAGACGUGGUCCAGGACCACUACGUGGACUGGGAGCAGGACAUGGAGCGCUACCCGUAUGUGGGCAUCCUGCACGUGCGCGACACCCUCCUCCCUCCACAGAGCCGGAGGCGCAUGAAGCGGGUUUGGGACCGCGCUGUGGAGUUCCUGGCCUCCAACGAGUCCCGGAUCCAGACGGAGUCUCACCGCGUGGCCGGGGAAGACAUGCUGGUGUGGCGGUGGACUAAGCCGUCCUCCUUCUCUGACUCUGAGCGGUAGGCCCGGUGCAGGGCCUGCUCCACGUUGCCGGACCUCGGUGCUGCAUUCACACUUGCCUUGACUGCUUCCUCUGGGGGCCCCGGGCGCCCGUCCUCUGUGCAGGACGGGAGAAGGGCUUGUUCUCCGCGGACAGAGACGCGGGGCAGUGGCUUGGGGCCGCCAGGGAGGCGGGUCGGGCGGAGCAGCUGGGUCCGCAUGCCUUCGGGGUCACCUGGGAGCUCAAGGGCAGGGGAGAAAGCCUGACCUCAGGCGGGGGGUGCUAGUUAGAGCGGGUGACUGUAGGGAGCUGUCCAGAGCCCGGGCCUGGGCCCCCGAGUGGGCUGUGAGAGGCAGGGCCCCUCCUGCUCCCAGUGGCGCUGCUCAGAAGCUGCGGUUUCACACCAGACCUGCAGCCAGGCGCUGAUCGGAGGAGAGGGACGCCGGUUCCAGGGCGUUGGGGGCCCCGCGCUUUCCGGGGCGAAGCCACCGCCUUCCACUGUGACCCGAG